AUGUCCCUCCCUUCUUUGAAAAUGCCGGAUCAUCAGCAAGUUGAUCUAGGUCUUUGGGCCAGCUCUAGCUCUGAUGAUGAGCUCUCUCUUAAGCACGUCCAUCCGCGAAAAUGGGGAAAAGCACGAAAGGUCUACGACACAAGUGUGAUUAUGUUCCUAGAAUUCUUCACUACAAUGAUUAGCACUGCGGGGACACCGAUAGCUGGCCACAUACACCGCGAUCUUGGCAUAGGCCCAGUACCGGCAACCUGUAUAUUCGUAUCAACGUACCUUGUCGGCCAAACACUUGGCGGAGUUAUAUUCCCCCCUUGGUCAGAGUCUUUCGGCCGCAAAAACCUCUACGUGUUCAGCACUGGCCUGUACAGCAUGUCGUGUCUCUUAGGGGGAAAGUUUCCGACAAUUCCCGGUAUCGUGAUUGGACGCUUCAUUGGCGGACUGCUUUCCGCUAUACCAACCAUCGUUGCUACAGGCAGCAUAGAAGACAUGUGGGAUACACAAGCGCGGGUGUGGUGGGUAUUUUGGUGGGCGUUGCUGGCCAACAUCGGUCUCUUGACGGGGCCUGUGUUCAGUGAUUUAAUAAUGGCAUAUGUUGAUUGGGUAUGGGCGUUUUAUACGGCAGCAAUCGUGACCGGGUGUGUGACGAUGCUGUUUCUCACCAUCAAAGAAUCCCGUCCGUCGGUUGUCCUAGCCAAGGCUUUACCUCCUGAUACCGACGGCACCACGUGUGACAAGACAUUGGAGUGCCAAACCGGCACUCCCAAGCGCGAGAAGCUUGAUCUCCUCCGACCUCUUCGAUUACUCUUUACGGAGCCCAUCGUGUUCCUCGUUGCCUUCAUCAGCGCAAUAGCGUUUGGUCUCGUAUACCUUUUUACAGAAGUAUUGCCAAUGGUUUAUGCUUCCCUCGGCUUCGAAAACGGCUGGAAGAACCUUCCCUUUCUGGCCCUUGGAAUCGGCAUGAUCCUCAGCAUACUAACCCGCUUCUACGACCUCCGGGUUCUCAAGAAUAGUUCUACAACAUUUAUCGCACCAGAGUCAAAGUUCGCAGGGUUUCUCAUCGGGGCUCCAGCUUUGGCUAUAGGCCUAUGGUGGUUUGCGUGGACAAUCCCACCACAUGCAAUUCUUCACUGGGCUAUUCCCACGGCGGCUCUCAUACCCAUUGGGUACGCGGUCAACGAGUUCGACUACGUGCUGGCCGGAUACCUCUCCGACUGUUAUGAGACCUAUACAGCCAGCAGUUUUGCGGCCUUGGCACUUACCCGCUCGUUUUUCUGUGCAACGUUCCCGCUUUUUGGGGGGACUUUGUUUCACUCACUCAAUUUCAACAAUGCGUCAUCUCUGUUUGCUACCUUAGCAACGGUCCUCUGUAUUGUUCCGCCAAUACUACUGCGGUACGGAAGCCGGCUGAGGGCGAGAAGUGCGUACGCAAACAAGUAA